CAUAUAUAUUGUGAAACUAGUUCAGUUCUCCAACGGCGAGGAUUGUGAACAUAUACACAGUAAAACGAAAAAAUUAAAAAAAAAAUAUUAAAAUAUUUCUCUAUACGCACCAAAAAAAAUAUAAUUAUACAAAUAUUUGAAAAUAAGGUUUAGUUUAACACUCCACACAAUCAGCUAGAACAAAGGCAAAGGACUUCAGCAUGGAAUUGAAUCUGAGCAGCGCCGUCUCGGCGGCCACCAUCCAGUCGGGUUCGGUGAUGAUGAAGGCGCGCAAGGCGAAGAACAAGAAAUUGCUGCCGACCUUCGAUCUGUCGCUGGAGCAGAAGCAGGACAUCAAGAAGGCUUUCGAUCUGUUCGAUACGGAAUGCACUGGCUUCAUUGAGGUGAAGGAGCUGCGUGUGGCCAUUCGAGCACUGGGCUUCGAGCCCAACAAGGAGGAGAUCAAAAACAUGAUGGAUGAGAUCGAUAAGGAUAAGACAGGAAGGAUUGCGUUUAAUGAUUUCUUACACUUGAUGCGCUUGAAAAUGGCCGCCAAAGAUGCCAUCGAGGACAGCCUAAAGGCGUUCUCCUUCUUUGAUGAUGAUCGCACCGGUCAAAUCAGCUUCGCAAAUCUGAAGCGAGUCGCCACCGAACUGGGCGAGAAUCUGACCGACGAGGAGCUACAGGAAAUGAUCGACGAGGCUGAUUUGAACGGCGAUGGCGAAGUGUCUCGCGAGGAGUACUUAAAUGUGGUGAAGAAAACCAAUUUGAUUUAGGCAGACCUUGGACUCUGACACAAACACUAACCAGAUAUGGCACGGGGGAAAAGACCUAAACACACUGACAAUCUAUGAUGUAUAUAUACAUCAUAUAUACAUCUGUGAUGUAUAUAUACAUCAGGCAGCCGCUUUGCUCUCACUAAUUCACACAUCACAGAAGACAGAUUGAAGAAGUUUGGAUAUGCUUCGGUUUAAUAAAGCCCUCUUUAAGGAAACACUAGCUUCCAGUAAAAAAUGUAAUUUAUUCUUUAGCAAGUUCACAUCAAAUAAAACUGCAUUGGAACUGGCCCGGCCCGGCCCGGCAUGGCCUUUAGCUUAAGUUCCGCUGCCUGCCAUUUGUCACAA